AUGGCAUCGCAAAGAGUAGACAAUAUCCCCAAGGAGCAAUGGGCUCAGGUCAUUGAGGAGCGCGGCAAGCCUGUUACCUACAAGAAGGUUCCAGUUCGGGAGCCUGGCCCAGAUGAGGUUCUCGUCAAUAUCAAGUACUCUGGCGUCUGCCACACCGAUCUCCACGCAUUGAGGGGCGACUGGCCGUUGGCCACAAAGAUACCGCUGAUUGGCGGACAUGAGGGUGCAGGUGUUAUCGUCGCGACCGGAGCACUCGUCGAUAAUGUUAAAGUUGGGGAUUAUGCUGGUGUCAAGUGGUUGCACGGCUCAUGCCUUGCAUGCAGCUACUGCCAACAAGCCGACGAGCCUCUGUGCCCAAAGGCGCUCCUCUCUGGCUACACCGUUGACGGUACCUUCCAACAAUACUGCGUCGCCAAGGCCGCACAUGUUGCCAUCAUUCCCAAGGAAUGCAGUCUCGAGGCUAUCGCGCCAGUUCUCUGCGCCGGUAUCACCGUCUACAAGGGAUUGAAGGAAUCUGGGAUCCGACCAGGCCAGACAGUCGCAAUCGUGGGUGCUGGAGGUGGUCUCGGAUCUCUGGCUUGUCAAUAUGCAAAGGCCAUGGGUCUCGAUAUCAUUGCCAUUGAUGGCGGCAAUGAGAAGAAGGAGCUGGUCCAGAAGCUUGGUGCAAAGGCCUACGUUGAUUUCAUGUCUUCCAAAGACUUGGUCGCCGAGGUCAAGUCUCAUACGGAGGAUGGUCUCGGACCACACGCCGUUAUUUUGCUUGCUGUCAGCGAGAAGCCAUUCCAGCAGGCUGCAGAAUACGUCCGACCUCGCGGCACAUGCGUUGCCAUCGGUCUCCCUGCCAAUGCUUUCCUCAAGGCUUCUGUUUUCGAGACUGUCAUCAAGAUGAUCACCAUCAAGGGCUCGUACGUUGGCAACAGACGCGAUACGGCCGAGGCUAUCGAGUUCUUCCGACGUGGUCUUAUCAAGGCUCCAUACAAGGUUGUCGGCUUGUCACAGCUACAAAGUGUAUAUGACUUGAUGGAGGCUGGCAAAAUCGCUGGAAGAUAUGUCGUCGACACCUCGAACAAUCACUUACAAGCAUCCGCAGAAAUGGCAGCAGCGAAUAAUUUCUUUAGCAUUAUUGCUGGGGUUGGUGCCGGGACAGGCCGCUCAGUAGCCCUCAAAUUCGCCAAAACCUACCCGGUCGUGCUCCUCGCUCGAAGCCCAGCCAACUUCGAAUCGAUAGUCAACGAGAUCAAUGCCUCCGGCGGCCAAGCUUACGGCAUCUCCACAGAUGUCUCCUCGCCGCAUUCCGUAGCCAAUGCGUUUUCUGAGAUACAGGCGAAGCUUCGGGGGAAGAAGUUAGCUGCGGCGGUAUAUAAUGUUGGGGGUGGGUUUGUGAGGAAGCCAUUUUUGGAGAUGACGUUGGAGGAGUAUGAGGCGGGAUAUCAGGCGAACGGACGAGGGUUCUUCCUUUUCUCCCAGGGAGUUCUCCCCCUCCUCCUCGACUCGGUUGCUACGUCCCCGCAUCCACCAUCCCUAAUCGUCACAGGGGCAACAGCAUCACUUCGCGGCUCGGCCCAGCUGGCUUCGUUUGCGAGUGGGAAAUUCGCUUUGAGAGCUACGACGCAGAGUCUAGCGAGGGAGUUUGGGCCUCAAGGGGUGCAUGUUGCACAUGCUAUUAUUGAUGGGGUUAUUGAUAUUCCCAGGACGAAAGAGUGGCUGAAAGAUGCGGGGCCGGAUGCGAAGAUUAAUUCUGAUGCGAUUGCGGAUAGUUACUGGUAUCUUCAUACGCAGCCACGGUCAAGUUUUACACAGGAGUUGGACAUCCGACCAUAUGUGGAGAAAUUCUGA